AGCAGUUUGUCAACAAUCAUCUUUCCACUUUUGGUUCUAACUUUGUUGUCAGCAAACAGCCACAUAAUGGUUGCCGGGGCACGCAUUCUUUUAGAGUCAAAGCCUGUCUUGCCUGAAGUCCCUGAAUUACCUAAGCCAGAAUUGCCUAAGAUCCCAGAAUUUCCAAAACCAGAACUGCCUAAACUUCCUGAACUGCCAAAGCCUGAGCUACCAAAGGUUAAUGUUCCUGAAUUGCCAAAACCAGAAUUGCCUAAGGUCCCUGAAUUGCCAAAGCCUGAACUACCUAAGGUUCCUGAGUUGCCAAAGCCUGAACUACCUAAGGUUCCUGAGUUGCCAAAGCCUAAUGUUCCUGAAUUGCCAAAACCAGAAUUGCCUAAGGUCCCUGAAUUGCCAAAGCCUGAACUACCUAAGGUUCCUGAGUUGCCAAAGCCUGAACUACCUAAGGUUCCUGAGUUGCCAAAGCCUGAGCUACCCAAGGUCCCUGAGUUGCCAAAGCCUGAACUACCAAAGAUCAAUGUCCCUGAAUUGCCAAAACCAGAAAUUCCUAAGGUCCCUGAAUUGCCAAAGCCUGAGCUACCUAAGCCUGUCUUACCUGAAGUCCCUGAAUUACCUAAGCCAGAAUUGCCUAAGAUCCCAGAAUUGCCAAAACCAGAACUGCCUAAACUUCCUGAAUUGCCAAAGCCUGAGCUACCAAAGGUUAAUGUUCCUGAAUUUCCAAAACCAGAAUUGCCUAAGGUCCCUGAAUUGCCAAAGCCUGAACUACCUAAGGUUCCUGAAUUGCCAAAGCCUGAGCCACCUAAGGUUAAUGUCCCUGAAUUGCCAAAGCCUGAACUACCUAAGGUUCCUGAGCUGCCAAAUCCCGAGCCACCCAAGGUUAAUGUACCUGAACUGCAAAAGCCUGAGCUACCUAAGGUUAAGGUCCCUGAAUUGGCAAGACCUGAGCUACCUAAGCUCAAUGCCCCUGAAUUGCCCAAACCAGAAAUGCCUAAGGUCCCUGAGUUGCCAAAGCCUGAACUACCAAAGAUCAAUGUCCCUGAAUUGCCAAAACCAGAAAUGCCUAAGGUCCCUGAAUUUCCAAAGCCUGAGCUACCUAAGGUCCCUGAAUUUCCAAAGCCUGAGCUACCUAAGGUUAAUGUUCCUGAAUUGCCAAAACCUGAGAUGCCUAAGGUCCCUGAGUUUCCAAAGCCUGAACUGCCUAAGGUUGAUGUCCCUGAAUUGCCUAAAGUCCCUGAAAUUCCUAAAUCCUUUCCAACCACCAGUCCUUAAGUUGGAAUCAUGUCUUUUUUCAUGUCAUAUAGCUUCCUAUUAUCCAGUGCCUAGCUCAUGCUGUUUGAUUUCCAAUUCUUUAUAAAAUUUUCAUAUGUUGUAGCUACAUGAGAGUGGUUGUCAUGGUUUAGUAUGAACCUUAUUAAAUUACACAUUACGUUUAGUGUCAAGCUUGUUUAGUUGAUUAUACUACUGAUAUUGAGGGUCAUAUCAUAUCCUUCUUGUAAAGUGUCAUGAAUUUAAUAAGAUUGUAUUUUUUAUUCAGAAAUUUCCAAGAUUUUUAUAUCUAAUGUUGUUUGAGCA